AUGCGUUAUUCUCUGUUGCUUGCUGCCCUGGCAGCUGGCGUUGUCAAUGCCGUCGAGAAACGUGUUUAUGUUACCGAUUGGUCCACUGUGACCAUUACCACAACAAUCACCGCACCAGCCGUUACUGAGACCCUCCCCGCCGUUCAGAAGGCUCCUGUUGUGGUUGAGACCGAAACCUCCACAGCUGCGCCCGUCGAAACCUCCUCCCCAGCUACCGAUCUCUUCAAGAAGUCGACUGUUCCUCCCGACCCUGCCACUACAUCAGCGGUGCAACCCCAACCUGAAGAAGGCACCACUUACUACUGGUCAAGCGCCUGGACCUCAACCGUUGAGCCCGCUGAGCCUUCCACCACCAUGGCUACCUCCACCUCUAGCACCAGCACCAGUUCCAGUUCGACUACCAGUGCCGCUAGCGCUACUGGCUCUGCCACCACCGAAUACCAGCAGAAGGUGCUUUACAACCACAACAUUCACCGUAGCAACCACUCUGUCUCCUCGCUCGAUUGGGAUGAUGAUCUUCGCCAGAGCGCGCAGACCCUUGCCGCCCGUUGUGUCUAUGAGCACGAUACCGACAUUGAUGGCGGCGGCUACGGCCAGAACAUUGGUUACGGCGUUCAGUCCAACGAUGUUGGUGUGAUGAUCACCAACAUGAUGUACAACGACGAGAUCGAGUUCUUUCCUACUCCUUACGGCCAGGCUGACCCUAGCAUGUCCGAAUUCGACAGCUGGGGUCACUUCAGUCAGAUCGUCUGGAAGGCUACCACCCACGUCGGCUGUGCGACCGUUGUCUGCGACUCACUAGGCAAUGUCGACUCCUCAAGUUCCGUGCCAUUCACCGUCUGCAACUAUUCUCCGGUCGGCAACGUCGGUGGUGAAUAUGGUGAAAACGUCCUGAAGCCUGGCAACAGUGCCACCUACACUGCUUCUUAA